UAACACGCACAAUGGGAAAUAGGGAAGGUAGGGGCAGCAGGCAGAUGUGUAAUGCUCUGACUUACCGUGGGCUAUUUUACAUAUCAACAUAAACUUUUAUUGAUUCUCACCACGAUGCUGCAUAUGUGUAUGGGUUAAGCUUUUCAAAGGCUACCUAUUUUCGUUUCCUGCACACCUGCUUUUUGUUGCUGCCAGACAGCAUAUGCAGCGGUGCAUCGUUUUUCGGAAAGGGGGGCGACACUCAAGGGGUGAUAGAUCCUGUUGAAUUGAAACAAGACAACGCCGAGACGAGUCCAAAAGUGUCAUUCCUCGAGUGCAAAGAGCACGGAUGUAUAGGUGAUAUUUUCGCCGGCUGGUUGCGUCGAGGAAUUUUAAUACUCCCAAAACAAGACUGGAAUUUGGGUAUCCCAACGAUUUUUAUCUGUGCCUACCUCGCGUACAUUUUUGUUGGAGGCUGGGACGAUUUUGUUUAGCGAUUAUUGAAUAUAUAAUAAAGACGUCUGACGAAUAAAGUCGUUUCACACCAUAGAGAAAAUGCAAGAUAAAAGGGCCAGAUCUUUCAUCACUUAAGAUGGCAUCCAGGAGUGACCACGAAGAGGCAAAAAUGAUGUAUUUCUGCAAGUUAGCCACAAGAGAGGCACAAAAUAAGUCAAUCUGAUGAGAUAUUGACCAGGAUAUCAGCCAGUGGUAUACAACGUAAAAGGAACAGUAAACUCAUUGGAAAGAGUAAAGCUUUAAAUAAUAUGGUUCCCGCAUGCUUGGAUCUCAUAAUGAUGUCAUAAAUAUUUCAGACGCGUAUACGGAAAAUACAUAGUGUAUCAUAUAAUGGGCAUGGAUUGUAAUCUAAAAUAGAAUUAUACUCAUGAAACCGAACUAAUUUACCCCUCACCCUCACAGGUGCAUCACCUGUCAAUGCACCUCAGCCACCCUGUGCGUCCGAGGCUGCAACUUGUUAGGUUGACUUGCAUGCGCGUGUCUCCAAAGGGAUUAUAGUGUUCACUAAAGACUAAAUUACUCACCAAUCAAAAUGGAGUUUGCAAUGGUAGGUGCGGAUGGAGGGUGCAAUAGUCACCUGCCUUAUGGCUAUACCCAGGCUCGCGCACGGGAGAGGGAGCGCGAGAAGGAGCGACAGUCACGAGCAGCGGUGGCUGCUGAAGGUGGACCAAAUGGAGAAGGAGGGGGGUCCUCCAGCCAUCUCCUUAACAACCACCAGCAGCAUCAGUCUUGCACCGCCUCCUCAUCAAAUGCCAACAACAGUAGCGGCGGUACCGCCUCGCGCCCCUCCUCCUCACCACCACCACAGCAACACCAACACGAGCCUGAACAGCAAGCUUUCAGAGAACGGAAAAAGCAACGAGGUGUAGGACGCUGGAGAAGGAGUCGCCCGACUCUCGGUGGGGACUUGCGCCACUCAGAGUUGGCGCUGCUCGGAUCCGAGGAGGAUAUUAUGAUAGAAGAGGAGGAGGCGGAAGGGGCAGAAGAGGAGGACGUGGUAAUCAAAAGAUCAAGUUUUCCCUGUAAUAUGGAUGAUGAAGAGGAGACUGUCUCACUCACAGACAGGCGUCCCCAAUCAGGAUACGAAAAUGUUUACAGUGAGUAUGGGUGCUGCGAGAGAGUGGUUAUCAAUGUGUCAGGUCUGAAGUUUGAAACGCAAAUGAAGACCCUCACACAAUUUCCUGACACUCUCUUGGGAGACCCCGACAAACGAAUCAGGUACUUUGACCCACUAAGGAACGAAUAUUUUUUUGAUAGGAACAGACCAAGCUUCGACGCCAUUCUUUAUUUUUACCAGUCAGGAGGACGAUUGAAGAGACCCGUCAAUGUACCUUUUGACAUCUUCUCAGAGGAAGUCAAGUUCUACGAACUCGGAGAGGAGGCGAUGCUGAAGUUUCGGGAGGAUGAGGGAUUUGUUAAAGAGGAGGAAAAACCAUUGCCAGUGGACGAGUUCAAACGUCAAAUCUGGCUUCUUUUCGAGUACCCAGAAAGCUCUAGCCCUGCGAGAGGAAUUGCAGUCGUGUCAGUUUUGGUUAUAGUUAUAUCCAUUGUAAUUUUCUGUUUGGAAACUUUGCCAGAGUUCAGGGACGAAAAAGAAUAUCUUCAACCGCGAAACAACUCCACACAACCUGACAAUGGAUUUACUCCCUUCAACGACCCAUUUUUUUUAGUGGAGACGGUAUGCAUUAUUUGGUUUUCCUUUGAGAUUACAGUCCGGUUCUUUGCAUGUCCAAGCAAAGCUGAUUUCUUUAAAAACAUUAUGAAUUCUAUAGACAUUGUAUCCAUUUUGCCUUAUUUCAUAACUCUCGGCACAGACCUUGCUCAACAUCAAGGCAAUGGGCAGCAGGCAAUGAGUUUUGCAAUCUUGAGAAUAAUCCGUCUUGUCAGGGUCUUUCGCAUCUUCAAGCUCUCGAGACACUCCAAAGGACUGCAAAUCCUCGGACAUACUCUCCGUGCCAGUAUGAGGGAGCUGGCGCUUCUGAUAUUCUUCCUCGUAAUUGGUGUCAUUUUAUUUUCAAGUGCAGUUUACUUCGCGGAAGCAGACGAACCCUCGUCCCAGUUCACAAGUAUUCCUGACGCAUUUUGGUGGGCUGUUGUCACCAUGACCACGGUCGGAUAUGGAGACAUGAAACCCAUAACAGUUGGGGGCAAGAUAGUGGGCUCGCUAUGUGCCAUAGCGGGUGUGUUAACCAUUGCACUUCCAGUGCCCGUAAUUGUGUCCAAUUUCAAUUACUUCUACCACAGGGAAACCGACAACGAAGACCAGGCACCGGUUGUUGAAAGCAUACCCCCUGGCUGCCCGUAUUUCCCAGACUUUCUGAAGAAAUUCAAAGGCUCACCCUCUGGCUCUUCUUUGGGCGACAAAGCAGAGUAUAUGGAAAUGGAAGAAGGGGUAACAGAGUCGCUCUGCGGCGUAGACAAGCAAAGUCCAAGCAAAGGGAAUGGUACAGAUAUUGGCAGAAAAAAUAGUAACUCAAAGUCUCUUCAGACUGAUGUGUGACAACUAAAGAAUGGAAUAUUUUUCGUGAACGUGUUUUUCAAACAAAAACUGGUGGUCAGACUCUCUCAGACAUACACGCACGCAUGCAUUCUCUUGGUCUGUUUCUAACGCCCCUGUUUCUCACACACACGCUCUCUCAAUAACACAAGCAAUUUUGCUGUAGGCCUAUAUCUUUGAAAGGUAUAAGAUGUGUUUUAUUUUGCCAUGUGGCUGCUUGGAUGUAUAGGCCCAUGGAAAAUAGACGUCCAAAUCUGCUUUAAGCAAGGACAUUAUGACCUAAGGUAGAGGGCCCAAACCUAGCGGGAAAAAUAGUUUGCGAGAUUGAGACAAAAUACAGGCUUAAGCAUUCGCACUUUAUCCGUUUUUUUGUCAAUAAUGGAAAGUGAGAAAUAUAUAUAUAUCGUUUUGCAGUUUUUUUGCACUAUUGUAAAAGCAUAAUUCGACUGUUUAGGGAGUUGGACAGACACUGACAUUUUUUAUGAGACAGAAACUGUAGGCCAUGUGGCAGACCUUCAGACCGUAUAGCGGAUAAUUGUUCGUUUAUUUUCACCACGCAUCGACAAAUUCAAUUUGUAUUGUGUUAGAAUGCCGAUGGCUCAGAUCCCCCCUUCCCUGUUGAAUACAAUUUCAAAAUUAGUAGCCUAUAAUGAAAUUGUAAAAGAAAGAGCAAAGAUCUUAAGGCGCAUGAGCAUGACAGGCAUUUUUCUUUCCAACGCUCCACAGCCUUGGCAACACAAUCCUCAAGGCAAGUGAUGCAAGAAAAAGUAAUCACAAAUAAACGUUAGUAGGUCGGCUGAAAUUAAGACGUCUACACACAUCGAGGGGAAGCACAUACGCCAUUCUAGUUACUUCACAGACUUAUUUGGGAAAUUACUCUUUCUCAAGUUUUUGUGGGUAUGCCUUUGGCGACAACAAACCCCGUCCCUUUAAAACCAACUCAAAAUGACAAUAUCCCUUUACGUGUCAUGGACGCUGACGAAAACCUAUAGCAAAGGACUGUAGUGGAAAUGUGUUAACUAUCUCGUCCAGUGGACUUGUUGCACACACUCAAUUCAAAUUUGAGGACUCGGUCAUCCCAGGACGUACAGAAGACCGUAAGGAGUAGGCUAUGUGUCAUCCAAGGUCUGCCAACGCAGGGCUUAGGAGAGUGUCCUGAGACUCUUGGAAUUGGAAGAGUGAUAAAAAUUGGUGUGACCCCUCAUCUGGACCCAAGGAAGAACAUCAAACUGUAAACAACUGAUGCAAGAGUGGACCUAGCAUUCAGACAUCAGAGGUUAAAGGGGAAUUUUGACAUUAAAAUGGCAGAGUUUGAAGUCCCUCACAGUUUACCCUGGAAUAGACUAAUUAGUAAGUCAUGGCCCAAAUCGAUUGCCUUAACUAUUACACCUAUACCUACAUAUGACGUGAUGAAACUAGAGACUUAACAGUUUAUCAAGUUCAAAGAUGUUUUUUCUUUACAUGUGAAAAACAGUCUCUUGUAAGGAACAGAUAUUUUACUAUGAUAGAGAACAUUGUUUGGAUGUAACGUUGACAUAAUGUUUUAGUUGGGUCUGCUUUGUAGGUGUCACUAAUAACUAAAUGACGGAGUUGCUCUCUGCUUAUAUGCAGCCAGCAGUAUGCGUUGAUCUAUUUUCUAUCUUAUUUCGUAUUGUCAACCAAACAUGGCUGGCCUGAGCUGCUUGCCCAGAUGCUGGCUACAAAGUUUCAUAAUUCACAACAUGACAUGAAAAGAGCAGGGACACCAAUAUUAUGAGGCAUAUACAGUAUAGUAUAAAGAUAAUACAACAAGAUACACAUUCAACCACAUUCUGUAUGUUAUCUGGACUAAAUCCUCUUUUUCUCACAAACUCACACACAAAGAUGUCAGUCAUACACACACUUGUGCGUAUCAUCAUGCUCUUUCAAUUAUAAAGAAGGCGUGAAAUGUACAAGAGAGAUACAAAGAGCUUUUCUUCAAGAUGCAACCAGUACUUUGGCUGCAAAUGCAUUAUUUGACAGUAGACCAGCUUCUUUGAUGAUGAGUCUCCAUCUUAAAGUUAACUGUAUGCAAAAUAACAUGGAAGUAUGUUCUAUAUUUUUUUAAACCUAGCCUUGAAUAUUACGUAACCAAAGGUGAAACCCUGGAUUUAUUGUACUUUGUGGACACUUCUUUUGAAGAUGUUGUAAAAAAUAGAUGCAUAUUGAAUAGAACUGUAAAUAGGCUGACAUUUAUAUUUAUGCGUCCUGCGAUGUGUCACAAGAAGUCUUUUGAGUAUUUUACUUUCUUUGACUGUUAUUCACCCUCAGAAGUCUGUCAGUUAAGUUUACCAUCACUGAUACACUUGAUUUAAAUUUGUAUAUUGUGAAUGCUGCUCCAACGUUAUACAUGGUUCCUAAGUUUGCAGUAUUAUUGUCAUAGUUUUUUGUAUGGCUUCCAUCUCAUUGCUCAUCAAAAAUCCACCCACUUUCUUUUGGCCUUCUUUGAAAAACAGGGUUGUGUAGAUUGCUCAUUGCAGCCUUGUCCAACCAGCAUUUAGCUUUUUAUAGCCGAUAUGCCAUGUUCAUGUCCAUCUGCAUACUUUCAGUCAACAGCCAAGUAAUGCCCAUUCUUGGGCGUACUGUAUGAUAUUGUGAUGUCGGCCGUGGAUGCAAUUGUACAUCGACACUAUGUUUUUUUCUUUGUUGUUUUUUGAACCUCUAUUAUUUGUGUGGAAAAUGUUUGUCUUCCUGUUUUCUUCCACACAAAUAACAAAAUCAUCUUUCUGUGUUCCUUUCAAAAGGAACUUAACACUUGAAUUUAGAAUCCUUCAUCUCAGUAUUUUUUGUCUUGUUAUAAAGACAAUCCAAAGGAUACCCUUCUUCCCUUGACUCUGUUGAAAUAUGUCUGUUCACAUUGCCUAUGCAUUGCAUUUCAAGUCAAGUUUUCAAAACCCUAUCAGACCACAACUAGCCUUCACAUUUUCAUAUUCAUUUUGUCAGUUAAGUUGGGAAAUUAAUGCUUUAUUACCCUAUAAUGAGAAACAAGGAAAUGCUGUUUUAAGCGUUUCAUUUUUCUCUUACAAUUACAAUAGAAUAUUGCAGUUGGAAUAAUUAUUUUCUGUCAGUCAAGUGUACUAGUCAAAUGUUCAAACCUUAAGCUAGCAAAACAUUGUUAGUGUUAAUAUGCUGUAGUUGAGUUGAAACUCUUUAACCUGCAACUUUUAAGCUUUAAUAAACGUAAAUCAAAAAUUAAUGGAAAAACUGUUAACAAUUUAUAGUUUGGUGUCACCCGUAUAAUAUUAUUCAACAUUACAAUAGGAAAUCAGUCCUUUUGUCAUUGACAACAAGGCAACAAUUCAAAAUGUUCCUGAUCAGUUGUCAAUUUAAUAGUUCUGACUUGAUCAAUUCUAAAAAACAUACCACUAAAAGCUUCACAUAAUGACAUAAUUAUAUUGUUUCUGAGUGUCUUUACAUAGUUAUUCAAGAUCUUCAUAUUAUGAUGGUACUACAGUACUGCACACUGGGGCUGCCCUCUGAUUGACAUGAACUGCCAAACAUUUACAAUGUUUAAUCAAUGUACUUUCUCCUUGGGUCUGUCCUGAUGACUGUCAGAAGUUAAUGUAAAAUAUAAAGGAUGUAUCAUAUACACCAUGCAGACUUGUACUGAACACAGAUAUACAGGUACUUUCAAAUUGAUUUGAGGCAGUGGAGUUGGGCUGGCUUUGAUGAAUGAUGAGGGAAUGAAAUAGUGAUCCUUGAGUAUUUUCUUUCAUUCAAGAUUUUGAUGAAGAUGGAUACAUCUCUGUUUGCGUGAAGUCAUUAUAGAUCAUGGUAUUAAACAUGGUAUUAUAUUGUAUGUACAAUCAUGACCAUAAUUUCUCUCUAAACUGUCAUACUCUCAUCUGAAGAGCUAUAUUUUCAUUUUGGAAGUUUAGAAGUUAUCACUGUGUAUAUGUUUGAUGUUUGAACCAUUAAAUUCCAUUAACUAAAGACAUUGAGAAGGGGUUAAGAAUCAGUCCCUUAAAAGGCAGUCAAGGCCAUUUAUGUGUAAAAUAUUUCAGUCAAGAUGUUCAGAAUAUCUGUGUGAGUUUUGGCAAGCCUUGCAUUUAUUCUGCAUGAAGCUUUGUUUUUAAAAGUGCAUCCUAACUUGAGAUAUGUUUGUGUUCUUUGGAUGCUUUCUCUUAAACUCUCUCUCUCUCUCUCUCUCUCUCUCUCUCUCUCUCUCUCUCUCUCUCUCUCUCUCUCUAUCUCUCUAUCUCUCUCUAUCAUUUUCCACUCGUCUUCUUUUUCCUUUUCUAAAACCUUAAAAGUUUUGGGUUUUCUACAUUCAUAUCAUUUUGUAGGCAGCAAUAUGAGAUGUGAUUGAAAACGGAGUAUGUGCAAUGUUGAAUAAAGAAAAAUAUAUAAUAUAUUAAAUAAAA